AUGGGCUCGAAUUACUUGCUUCAUCCUUUCGACAUUGUCUCGCACACUCCUACGGCCAUGCUCUCGGCUAGGUCAUCACCCACAGCCACCAACGGUGCAGGCCUCUCAAAUGCAGAGAAAGUCACGCUAUAUGUCGUUGCAGCGACGGCGGCCGUUCUUAUUGUCGUGGGUAUCGCGAUUGCUGUCCUUCGAGCACGCUGCCAUGAUGGACCGUGGGGUGCUCAUUCCUCAGGGCAGCCGCGACAACACAGCAUGGCUAAAGCACUGCUGAAAACUAUUCCACUGGUGCAAUAUGAUGACACAAUCGAUUCCUCGAGAAACUGUUCAAGGCCAAGCUUUGAUGGUUCCAUGGAGUCUUUGCAAUCUGAGAGUGGAAAGGCGAGCAUCUCAGAAAAGUCUACCGUGGGAAAUUCGACGUGUGCUAUCUGUACGGAGGAGUUUGUGAAGAACCAACUAGUCCGAGUUUUGCCUUGUGGGCAUGUAUUUCAUCAAGGCUGUGUUGAUGAAUGGUUGGUGAAGAGAUCGCGGACAUGUCCUACCUGUCGAUAUGAACUCACGCCAUCUUGCAAGAACCAGGCCACUGAGAAAGAUAAGCAUUCGCCGGAUAUUGAGGGCGGAUUGCCAGACGUUGAGGCUCGGCAUACGCAACCCCAGAGCCGAAUGCACGGAUAUCUGCGCAGUCUUCGCUCUACAUUUGCGGGGAGGCAGUGA